GACUGCUAAGGCUCAUUUUCAAUAAGUAUUAAGUGUCGUUAAUUUAAUAAACUAGUAAUGAGCAUAAAUCAAGCUAAUAAGCCUGAACUUUGGUUAUCGAAGAAAUCAUGAGGCACAUUGGGAAGUACACAAAACUACUAAUAGGUGAUCUAAAGUUACUUUUUAUCCAUAUACAGCUCAGCAAUCACUACCGGGAGCGAUUAGUAAUGAUUAAAAUCUCGGCUACACCGAAUCUCUGAACGAUCAUCAUCUAACACCUACUACAAUAUAUUACUGCAAACAUUUUUAAAGAGCGACGUACAACGAGUGACAAUCGAGCAUGAUAAUUACAUGUGAUAACAUGUGACCGAAAAGGGUAGAGUAGCGUGUCGUCAGUCUGGAUAGCUCAAUAAAACUGUAACGCAACAAAUCGUAGCGAUCUUCAGUGUUUGAUUGAUUAAAAAUGGAAGAAACGGGAACCAAACGCCCAGAAUUUGUUGACGACGGAUCGGUUAUUCUGUAUUGCAACCAGUACAACUAUUAUUGCCAAAAGGUUAAAUGGGCACUCCUGGAAAAAGAUAUCAAGUUUAACAAGUACGAAAUAGAUGUGUCGAAUGACGAACAUUUUUCUGAUUGGUUUCUGAAAAUGAACCCCCGCGGAGAACUACCAGUGUUGCAGAACGGUUUGCUAGUUGUAAAUGGAUCAACCAGAAUUUUAGAUUAUUUAGAGGAAAAUUUUCCAAAAGCUAAAUCCUUGGCUGUACCCAGUAACGCAGAAAAGAAGAUACAGUUUUUCAAAAGUACGAUAGACAAAAUACCGAUCGGAGUAAUAACAAUCGGUUCCUUUUUGCAUCCUAAGUCAGUAGUUUCUCCUAAAUCACCCUUCGUACAACCAGUUCGUUACACAAUUCUAGAACGCGAUGAAACAAUUAGCAAUCGAUUGCGAGCCUGCGCUGCUAAAUUUCCGGCAUUCAGUGACGUGUUGUUGAAGAAAGCUGAAUUCCACGACAGAAAAAGAGAAAUUUUGAUGACUGAAGAGUCUUAUUGCUCCAUGCUGAAUAGAUUGGACGAGCUUAUGUGUGAGCUAGAAUUCCAUUUAGCAAAGAUCAACAUCGUGCACAGCUGGAUAGCAGGCGAGAAUAUUACCCUAGUUGAUGUCGGUUUGGGAUGUUUAUUGUACAGAUUGUACGUGUUGGGAUUGGAAGAUCGAUUUUGGGCUGGCGGAAAGAAGCCGGAGUUGGCUAAAUAUUUCGAAAAAAUAAUGAUGACCAGUAGUUUUCAAAACACACUGCCCACAAAAACUUCUCUUUUGAAAACCAUUUGGCUUAACACUCCCUCAACGUAUAAGGCUGGAAUUGCUGCGUUCUCCUUUUCAUCGAUGAUAAUAGGAUCUACGUUGCUGAAGAGAUAAAACUGAGUAAUGCAAUAAAAUAAAUAUACCAGCGAUUGUUUAGAAAUUAAGAUAUAUAACCUUUUGCUCGGCACAAAAAAUAAAAACGUAAAAUACGAAAACUUCUACCUAAAAAUCUCAAA